ACGAGAAGAAGAUAAACAAAUCCGGCUGUUCCAACCACGUCUUUUAGAAUAAGCCAAUGCAGAGAAAAUGACCCGAAGAGGAUCACAAGCAACAUGACUGAAUAAUUAAAUAAACAAAAACGUAUUUUGAAGUUUGAUGAAGUUUCUACCUUCUCAUCACUUGCCACCGAGGACUUGUUCCCCGUCUUCUUCGACUAAUUUUCCCCUGCGAGAACUCAACUCAGUGCUUCUUAAAUUUCCCUUCCAAGUUGUUCCAACCAUCAUAAAUAUGCUGAUCAUGGCUUCCACGUUUGAUCAAAGGAAAGAAAAAAGAAAGAGAUGAAGAGCGAGAGGUUACUGGAGAAGAAAGAUGGGGAUGUUGAGAACACUAACAUCAUCCAGUUGGAGGUAGUAAGCCGCCCUAAUGGAGGAAACAACAGCGGCAGUGGCAGCGGCAGCGGCAGCUGGGGCUCCACAGUCUUUGAGCCGCAGCGCGAGCUCAGUGACCAGACCCCCUCAGGCCGCAGCCGCAGCAUCCCCCGCCACAGCUCCCUCGAUGCACCGGAGAAGAAGCUGACUCUCUUCGCCCUCCGCCUCGCCAUCAUUGAAAAGACAGCGUGCGGCCUCGGUCAACUAGCUUUUGUUUGGGCCACCGUCGUCCUCCUUGGUGGCUUCGCCUCCGCUCUUAAAGCCAAAGACUUCUGGUUCGUCACAGCCAUUCUUGUCGUCGAAGCUGCCCGCCUCUUUAGCCGUAGCCGUGAGCUCGAAUGGCAACAUCUAUCAACACGCACCCUCCCCGCCGCCACCUCCCGCCGCCGCAUCCAAUCCCAUCUUUCCAUGCCGCGCCGCCUUGUUCGCGCUGCUAUGCGGCCCCUAUCUUUCGCUGCGCGGCCCAGCCGCCGGCUUGCCUUUAACAUGCACCAACUGAAUGGGUUAGCAUCCUUAUCACAGCCAAAGCGAACUUGGCUCCCCGCCGACGUCCCCCUCUUACCUUACUCCGACUGGGUUUUUGUUUCGAAGAACAUCAGCCUUUUGCUCUACUGGCUGCAAAUCAUUGCAGCAGCUGCCUGUGCAGCACUUUCCUUGAUGCGAAUAGGCCAGCAGGAUUACGGUGAUGAUGCGCAGGUAAAUGAGAAAUCUGCCCUCAAUGUCUUCUACAGUCUUGCGCUCGCUGAGGCCCUCAUGUUCCUCCUGGAAAAGGGCUAUUGGACUUGGAGAAUCGAGCAAGGGAAAUUGGUCGAACGGGUAUGCGAGGAUUGUGACCUCGGUCCUAUCGGGAUGGUUUCUCUCCGUCGUUUUUUCUACGACGCCUACUCGAAGUGCAUCGAUGGCAGCAUCUUCGACGGUUUGAAGAUGGACCUUGUCUCCUUCGCCGAGGAGCUCCUCGAUUCCGACUCACCCGAUGAGCAGAUCAUUGGCGCAAGGAUCCUCCAACGGUUCGUCGAAAACAAGCGGUUCGCCGGAGACACGCUCCGCAAAAUCGGAAGCUCCACCCCAGUCAUCGAGCGACUGAUCGAGAUGCUCAACUGGAAAGACCCGGCAGAAGAAGAUAUCCGGCGCUCGGCAUCCGAAAUCGUGUCGAAGCUGGCUUCAAAAAAGCAGCAAGCGCUACGGGUGGCUGCCAUUCCGGGGGCCAUGGAGUCUAUCGCUUCUCUGCUGCAGACAGGCGGGGGAAGCACGAACGGGAGACCCUACGAAGCAUCGCCGAGGGCGGUCGUGGUCGACAAGGAGAACUAUGAAUUCUCCGCCUUCAACCUGCUCGGGCUUUUAAUUUUGAAGCGACUGGCGAGGGAUCAUGACAAUUGUUUUAAGAUCGGGAAUGCGCGGGGCCUGCUCGCGCGGAUCAUCGAUCUAACAAGCGCCGGUUCGGCGCUGCUGCGCGAUGAUCGCGCGCCGGAGUCACGGGUCAAGACGGUGCGCCGCGCGUUGCAAGUGAUGAAGAUUCUAGUUUGUGCAACGGGGGAGACGGGUAAAAUACUGCGAAGAGAUAUCUCAGAGAUUGUGUAUUCGGUGAGUAACAUCAGGGAACUACUGCAAUACGGGGAGAGCCAUCUGAAGCUUCAGAUGCUAGGGGUAGAGAUACUGACCAGUUUGGGCAUGAAUGAGGAAGCAAGAGAGAAGAUAGGGGCGACAGGGAGCAUGAUCCGGCUAAUUCUUGCUGCAUUUUUCCGGCCGAUAGUGACGGAGGAGGUGGGGGUGGUAUGUAACGAGGCAGGAGAGGCAUUGGCGAUGCUGAUACUCGAGAGCAGGAGGAACUGCGAGAGGAUGCUGAGGGAGGGAGACGAUGUGGUUGCCAAGCUAGUCGCCGCCCUCGGCGAUCCGGCGCUGAGGGUGAAUGCAGCAAGGAUAUUGCGAGGCCUUUGCGCUUACUCUGCCCCAGAGCGAUCCGACAGGCUCCAGAUAAUCGCAGAAGCAAUGCCCAUGGUAUUGAAGACGAUAAUGGAAGAGAAGGAGAAUGAAAAGGAGAAGCUUUUGGAGGUGUCGAUCGGACUUGCUCUGCAAAUACUGAAACUCGGAAAUCCGGAAGAUGGCAGGAAUGAAAUUGAAAGAGCUGGAAUCAAAGAUGAAAACUUUGUUGAAAAGCUGGUGGAGAUUCUGCGAAGAUACGAGAAUCCAGAGAGCAAGGUUCCCAGAAUGAGGAGAUUUGUGAUCGGACUCGCUGCAACUCUGAUGGAAUAUGAGGACAAGUACAUUGAAUUGUUCAGGGAUUCGGGAAUGGAGCAAGUUCUGAUGCGAGUCGCUGACACUACAUCGGAAUUGGAGUGCUUCAAUGUCUUCUCAGGGAGCGUGGGAUUGGGCCGCCAUGAGGUAACGAUUUCCUCUUUGGUAGACACAGCGCUGGACCUUUUGGGUAGAAACUCAGAAACUUGAUGGAUUCUGUGAAUAUGUAUAUUAUAUUUACAUUUGUUCUUCAUAAUUUUUUAUUAUUAUAUUUACAUUUUUUUUUUUUUUGAGAUUGUAAUUGAACGGAGUGUUUGGAAGUAAAAUAAAUGGAGGAUUGUUGAA